UUGUUUGCUCGGUCGGCAGCUGGACGUGUUGUGGUUUUGUCUGUUCGAAGUUUGUAAUGUGAGUCGUGCAAAAACAAAGUUGCAAAAAAUAUUGUGAAUUUUUCGGCCUAAAACUGUGACCGCUAAUGUAAAAUAUACCGUAAAAGUUUUCUUUCACAGAAAAAGAUGGAAAUGAUCGCGGAUAUGGUCCUCGCCUGCUAUGUGGCGGCCCACAUCGAGGCGGUCGUUGAAGCUGUCACGGUGGCACACUCGGAGCCCAUCGAUCAGUACGCGUGGGAAUUUUUCCGCCGGACGAAGCACAUGCGGUUCGCCGACGUAGCGGACUAUCGAAGCUAUGUCAUCAAACAUGGACCUUUUGUUAACGACAGUGUAGCGCCGGACCCAGCCAAGAACGAUCGGAAGGCGGCCGAGGUGCGCCAAGUUGGCAAUCGACUGUACCUGGAGAAGCAGUACAUAGCUGCUUUGGUGAAAUACAAUGAGAGCAUCUGCUGGGCCGAUGGUCCCGAUUCCGAGCAACUGGGAAUCGGUUACGCAAAUCGAUCUGCCGUGUUCUACGACCUGGGUGAGUAUGAGUAUAGCCUGGUGAACAUCGACCUUGCCAAGAAGCACAACUACCCGCAACGAUUGAUGCCGAAGUUGCUCUCGCGGGAAGCAAACUGCAAGGACAAAAUUGCCGGUGGCCAUUCCCGGCGAGCGAAGCCAUGUCACAAGCUGGACAUCAAUGUCGAAACGGAUGCCAAGAGACCGUUCUGCGCGGCCGGUAUUGCCCAGAAGGUUAUCCCCGGCUACGGUCGAUCCAUGGUGGCCGAACGCAGUUUCAACAUUGGAGAUGUAAUUUUGAGCGAGAAGGCCAUGCUGUCGGCGAUCCCGCCAGAGUUGAAGUUCAAAAACUGCAAUUACUGCUCGGCAGAGAAUUUUAACAGCUUGAUUCCCUGCCCGAAGUGCGUUUCGGUCAUGUAUUGUGACCAGGAAUGCUUGGAAAAGGGCUUCCAGUACAUUCACCGAUUCGAAUGUGGAAUCUGCGAAAAGUUGAACCAUGUUACACAAGGGACCAGUCGGCUCAACAUGGGACCCAGAGCUUUCUUCUACGGAUUCAAUCUGUUCGGUGACAACCUCAACGCCAUGAUGUCCUUUUGCAAGCGAAAUGGACGAACUGGAGGCGAUCCGUUCACGAUUGAUUAUUCGAACCGUGAUCCGCUGGAGGAAUUCAAGAUCUUCCACAAGAUUCAGUUUCCGGCGGAUGAUAGCGAGUACGAAGAAUUGAACCAGUUCUACGCGGCCGUUCUUUACUCGAUCUACAUCAAACAUCCGCUGGUACGGUCCAUGUUCCGAACCAAGACACAGAAGGACUUCUUUCUGCGUUCCAUCCUGGACUACACCCGUAUCAUGGGUUUCCUGCUACUGGGAGUCAACGAAUUAAAUACAAGUCAUCUGUAUUCACUCGCAUCUGUCUGCAACCAUUCAUGCGAUCCGAACACGGCCUUCGUCGAACAUUUCGGAGUGCUCAAAUUGAUUGUCAUUCGCCCGAUUUCGAUUGACGAUCAGAUCGUGGUAUCCUACGGGCCACUGGUAUGGAAGCACUCAGCUGCCGAACGACAGAGCUCAUUCGACGAUACUUUAAAGUUCGAUUGCCUUUGUGACGCAUGUGAUGUGGGCAAGAUGCAACGCAUGAAGGCCGCAGCCAGUAAGCUCCCGGCGGUGCCCUUGCAUCACAUCUUCAGCUUGAUGAAGAUCUUCGAGGAUUCUGCGGUCAGUGACACCAAGAAGAUGACCAUGCUACAGCAGUUUAUCAAAAGGUACGCGUACGCUUACCCUCGGAAGGAUUACAGCUUGCUGUUGGACACGUAUCGAGACUUCCUGCUAAGAACCUUCGUCAAGGAGGUGUUGGAUAGGCUUAGAGCCACUGCCGCUGAGCAAGUGGCGUAAAACUAGAGUUGUAUUGUGGCGUUGUUUCAUGUUUGCAAAUGUUGACUUUGUCGUUUUCAUUGUUAUUGUUACUUUUCAGGAAUAUUCUUUGAUUUUACUAAUUGAACUCGUAAAAUAAAUGUUUCUGCUUGACUGUUUAUCGCCAUUGAAA